AUGCCACCCAGACGACCCCAGUUCCCAUACCCGGACAUCAUGAAAAUCACGAGAAGGAACAUUCCGGCUUACAUAAUAGCCGACCUAAAUGCCCGACAGCGCUCACUCGGACAAAGUAAUAAUAAUCUAAUGGGCAGCGAGUUGAUUAACCUGAUCCACCGCAACACAAUCACCCACCUUGGACCAGACUUCGACACUUUCGUAAGUGCGAGAGGGAAAGGAAGACCUGACAUCAUAUUGGGAAAUAGAAAUAUACACAUGAAUUAUGCCAUACAAGAAGGCCCACCAACAACAUCGGAUCAUAUUCCUAUUACCUUCACCCUGACGACGUCACCCACCAUGAUCCAGCAAGCAAAAAUGUUUGACUACAAAAGGGCUGACUGGGAACAAUUCACAAGAGAAAUAGAACAACAUAUGGACCAACCUACAGGAGAAGAGCUCACAGUUAAUAGAGAAUAUGUAGACAAUAACCGCAACUUUGAUAUGCAACACGAAGCUAUGGUACAAGACUACCUCACAAAUAAAGGACACAGACUUCUCCCCCACAGAAAAGCACAAGCAAUCAAACUUAACAAUGACAACCCUCUCACAAGACCCAUCACAACAGGGGAUAUCAAGUCUAUAAUUAAAAACUUUAAGGACAAAGCCCCCGGUCAAAGAGGCGUGAGAAAGACUGUAAUGCAGCGUCUCCCGGAUGUUCCCAUUGCAGAACUGAAGACAAUGUUCAACUGGGCUCUUUCAAUGGGCAAUUUUCCAACAAAAUUCAAAAACGCCACCAUGGUCCUAAUAACAAAAGCAGGGAAAGACCCCAGAAAAGUUGAGAAUUAUAGACCAAUAUCCCUAUUAGAAAUACCUGGUAAGAUCUCCGAUGCGGCCGCGUGA